UUACUAUUUGCGGGAAAGUUUAGAAUUGCGCGAAAAAUAAUACAAGCAAAUUUACACGGAAAUAAGUAGGCACGAAUAGAGCAGACCUUUUGUGAGUGGACUCAGUGUUGAUGAAUUUCCACUGAAAAGCAGAACGGAUCGGAACGAACCUUUUUUUCUUGGGUACCAGCUAUUUUUUUAUUUAUUUUUAAUUCUUUCCAUUUCUGUUCAUUAAACAAUCAGAUUCAAUUCUCUAUUUCAAUUCGUUUUUGAGUGCAGAUGCACCUUUAUGGGUUUAGUGUUAGGAAGCUUUCUUUUAAAUUUAAAUUUUCCAUUUUUCAAAUUUUCCACUACGCUGUACCAACAAGUACGGAGGAAUUUUAAUCAAGCAAAUGUGACCAUGCAUGAUUUAAUGAUACAUUUCGCUUUAUCUAGAUCUGAUCUUUAAAGUGAUGGAUCAUUCGCCUCGAUCAUUUGAUGCUGGCAUGCACGAUGAGAAAGGAAUGCCUUUCAGCGAAAGUAAAUUCACAAUAAAUGAUCCUGGUGGUGUCAACCAGUUGGGUGGAGUAUUCGUCAAUGGACGACCUUUACCGGAUUACAUGCGCCACAGAAUUAUCGAGCUUGCUCAAUGUGGUGUCCGCCCUUCGGAAAUUUCAAGACAAUUAUUAGUAUCUCAUGGCUGUGUCAGUAAAAUUCUAGGACGUUAUUACGAAACUGGUUCAGUACGCCCUGGCGCUAUUGGCGGUAGUAAGCCAAAGGUGGCAACGCCUAAAGUAGUGUGUCGUAUAGUAAAACUUAAAGAAGAAAACCCGUGUAUGUUUGCAUGGGAGAUAAGAAAUUCUUUACUUGGUGAAGGAAUAUGUGAUAACGGUAACGUACCAAGCGUUAGUUCUAUAAAUAGAAUAUUACGUAAUCAUGCUGCCGAAAAAGAAACAAAGGAAGCGAAAAUAAAACAGGAAGAACUUCAGAAACAAAAUGGCUUCGGAAUGAUGAAUGGUUUUACGUUGGGUAACUUCGGACCUUUUAACGGUCUAAAUGGCAUGACAGCAAACAACUCUGAGAAUGGUUACGGUCAAUUUCCUUUUACUUUUAAUGCUGGCUUCCCUAUGUUACCGAUGCAACAACAACAACAACAACAACAGCUAUUAAACCUACCGUUAACACAGUUAUCACCAGAUCGUAAAUAUAAAAACACAGAUGUUAGUUACCAACAAUUAGUAAACGCCCAACAUUUUAAUGACCAGGAUGGUCUCAACGAUGUGCCGCCUCCGGCUGUUCAUAUAGAUGAUCUACCGCCGUCAUUACGAGAAGGCACACCCAUACAUCAUCAAGAUACAUCUCAUUUGCCUCAUCCUGAUAUAUCUCCUAGUUCAACGAUUAUCAGUGCGGGAAGUGGUGAACAUAAAGAAGGUGAUACGCCUGAGGAUGAAAGACGUCGCCAACGCAACGAAAGUCUUUCUGAUCGACUUCCUCAUGGCUCGUCAAGUCAUACAGAAUCUGAACAUGGAGAGCGAGGCCAUAAACGAGGCCAUUCACCAUUAAGACCGGACAAAGAAGAAAAUAAUAACAAUAAAUCAGGAAACUCGACCGGUAAUGGUACACUGAGCCCAGAUUUGAAACGAAAAAGAUAUAACGAAAGUCCUGUGGGACACGCAGAUCCAAUCAUGUCACAAAAGGUAUCUCCCACGUGGUACAAAUACAACACAGUUUUCCCUUCAAACAGUAACAUGGCGGCUGUAAACAGUAUGAAUGCCGCGUUAAACCAAAUUAAUGGCGCUUUAAAUUCUUUUCAAAAUAUCGGACAAUACUCCAACGGCGUGAAUAACUUAAACGGCUUAUCUUUGAAUGCUUACGCAGCAGGCAUAAAUAAUGUUGCCACGUUGAACGCAAUGAACACUGGACUUACUAACUUAACUAAUUUACAGAAUCUUACUGGACAAGGAGUAACUGGAUUUACACCCACCUUCGAAAAUGAACGUUCUCUAGCGCAGCAUGGUUUAAACGCAGACUUUACAUGGCCAAAUAAUUUCGUUAGUGUGUUAACGGAUGGGUCGCCAUAUCAACAAGCAGUAAAUAUUUCAUCUAACGGGAAUGUAUUGAACUCAUCUUUCGGUUUAAAUAUGUCGCUACCCAACAUGCCGAAAAACAUGGUUCAAGGCUUAACAAACUCCACGUCGCCAACGAAUGUAUUAUCGACGUUGUCAUCGCUACAAGGACAACAAAAUAUGUUUAGCUUGCAGAACCAAGUCGGUAACGGAAUGCAAAAUGUACAAUUUCAAAGGCCAGACCAGCUGACAAUGAAAAUGAUGGGUUCGAAUUUAUUAGCUUUACGAGGUACACACGUGGCGCACGGUAAUUAAGCGAAAGAUUUGAUGAGUAGUCAAUCCUCGAAAUAUGUAUUCACAUGAAACAAGGAAAUGAUACUGAUCUUUUUUCAAUGUUUUCACCAGAGCGCGAGUUUAAAGGCUGAUCUCUAUUAGGCGAAUUUCGGUCGUUCGGGCUCUAGCGAUCCGGGUGGAUAAGCGACUACUAAAUCUCCAUAUGCCAUAGCGAAGUGAGAUGAGCGAUAAAAGUUUAAAGUGAAAACAUAAAUUUUAUUUUUACUCUUCCGCAGAAAAAUAUUUUAGCACAUUUUUUUUAGCAUAAUGUUUAUAACCUUGAUUCUGAUUGGCUGUUAAAGAUUUGUGACGUCAAAAAUCGCCAACGAUCGCUGAAAAAGUUCUGCUUUAGCGAUCUCAGCGAACAGCUGAUGUUACGCAAUUUUACGUAAACAACCUUAUGCGCAUGCUCACAUUCCAAUUGCUGGAGCCCGAGCGACCAAAAUUGGCUUAAUGGAGAUCAGCCUUAAGAUCACAAAAAUUUAAUAGCGAUCCAAUGUAUGACGUAAAUCAAUAUAUCCAUGGUAACUAGGUCGCAAAAUAUCCCUUUAAA